GCUGGCGCCGUCGCAUCGUCUCUUUUCGCUCACCUCGGGGGCACACUACUUUAUGGCUCGACAUUAUUUCUUGCGUUAAAGGGGCAUGCGCAUAUUAACACUCAGGCCACCCGUCUAGCAGCCCCAGAAUACAAAAAAAGCAAACAAGACUCCGCGAAAUCUGAAAUCUGAAUGUCUCUUGUCUGUGCUGUGUCUUGCUUUUAGAGAGAUCUUCUCAAAGCAAGAACCUAACCUCACCUCAAGCUGUUCUAACUCCUAGCGGCGUUUAGCUUUGGCUCUGCUGGAAGCACUGCAGGCGCUGCUGC